GGUCGGCCUCAAGGUGACGUCAUACGUUUGUCAUAACUCGGAGGAAGCGGGAACGCUCAUCAGCUUCGAGGAUUUGACUCCACGCUGGCUCGUACGCUAAUUGAAAAAAUCCACAGCUGCACACAUGGCUUGUGAGAAAGAAAUAUGGCAGAAAAUCGGAGAAGGCUUCGUACAAGAAUAUUACAACCAGUUUGACAAUACCAACAGGGUGGGACUGGGUAACCUAUAUUCUGCUGACGCCUGCUUGACGUGGGAAGGAUCACCCUUUCAGGGGAGGGAAGCCAUAACUGGCAAACUAGCAAACUUGCCUUUCAAGCGCAUUAAGCACAUUAUCACAGAACAAGAUUUCCAACCCACGAUAGACAGCUGCAUCCUCAUCAUGGUGUUCGGACAGUUACAGGUUGAUGACGAUCCACCAAUGGCCUUCCAUCAAGUGUUCAUGCUUAAGUCCCAAAACUGCGCAUGGGCUUGCACGAAUGACGUGUUCCGGUUGGGGAUACAUAACAUACCGGUGUAGCGGUCCAACUUUGUCGACUCACACAAACACUAACAUCUGGCUGUGCAUGAGUGCGGUGGUGAAGAUGUCAUUGUGGACAACGCAAGGGAAUUGUAUACAAGGUUCCUCUGUGUUUACAGCACAUUUAUCCUCUGCUAUUUUACACAGCAGAUGUCAUGUGUCAAAUUACAUUCCUGUCAAAUAAAAGAAUUUAUCAGAA